CUGACGUGCGCACGAGCGGGUGAGUCAAACCUGCGUCAGACUUUGUCGUGACUUUCCAUAGUAAUUUCUAAAUCCCACCGGGAGCCGAUUUACCCCACAACACAGCAACAAGCACGUGGAAACCAGAGGUGCUGCGGAAGAUCGUUAAAGCGCCCAAAGAUGUUGCACACGGAGACAGUGCCUGAAUGAAGACACCGAACAUCCCUCUGGACUCAUACGGUCGCGCUCCGACGUUAUAACCCGCUCUGCACACUAAGAUUUAAGAAAGAAAAGCACAUCCCUCUUUCCCUGCUUCGCCCUGAUCUCCCUGCUGUCAGUCACCUCAGGCCCCCCUCCUUUCCUCCACCACCCUCGACCUGAGGGACUCCUGCGUCGCAGCCAUGCCAAAGAACACCAAGGUGACCCAGCGCGAGCACAGCAAUGAGCCAGUUACUGAGUCGGUGGCUGACCUGCUGUCUCUGGAGCAUCCCAUGGACUAUAAGAGCAGUCAGAUGAGUAUGGGUCUCAGUCCUGGCUCUACAGCUCCAGUAAAGGCCCUGCUCCCCUCCCCUGACCCAGAUGCUGAGGACGGCCGACCAGCCUGGAACAACAAGCUGGAGUACAUCUUGGCCCAGGUGGGCUUUUCUGUGGGCCUGGGUAACGUCUGGAGGUUUCCUUACCUGUGCCAGAAGAAUGGUGGAGGUGCAUACCUGGUGCCCUACUUUAUUCUCCUCCUCCUCAUUGGCAUCCCCUUGUUCUUCCUGGAGCUGGCGGUGGGUCAGAGGAUCAGGCGUGGCAGCAUCGGGGUGUGGAACUACGUCUACCCACUGCUGGGAGGCAUCGGAGUCUCCAGUCUGAUGGUUUGCGGUUUUGUGGGCCUCUAUUAUAACGUGAUUAUCGGCUGGAGCAUUUUCUAUUUCUUCCAGUCUUUCCAGUAUCCACUGCCUUGGGCUGAAUGCCCCAUCCAGAGAAACGGAACGCAAGCCAUCGUGACUCCAGAGUGUGAGAAGAGCUCUGCCACAACUUACUUCUGGUACCGCCAGACUCUCAACAUCACCAGCUCCAUCGAUGACACAGGCGGCCUGAACUGGAAGAUGACCCUGUCCCUCCUGGUGGCUUGGAUCUUAGUCUGCCUGGCAGUCAUCAAGGGCAUCCAGUCCUCUGGGAAGGUGAUGUACUUCAGCUCUCUCUUCCCAUAUGUGGUGCUUUUUUGCUUUCUGGUGCGAGGUUUGCUGCUGAAGGGAGCGGUGGAUGGCAUCGCUCACAUGUUCACCCCUAAGCUCGAAAAGAUGUUGGAGCCACAGGUGUGGAGAGAAGCAGCCACGCAGGUCUUCUUCGCUCUCGGUCUGGGUUUCGGAGGCGUCAUCGCUUUCUCCAGCUACAACAAGCGCGACAACAACUGUCACUUCGAUGCUGCACUGGUCUCCAUUAUCAACUUUGUCACAUCCAUCCUGGCCACUUUAGUUGUGUUCGCUGUUCUGGGGUUCAAGGCGAACGUCAUGAACGAGAAGUGUGUUGUCGAGAAUGCAGAGAAGAUCCUGGGCUUCCUAAACACAGGUGUGCUGAGCAGAGAACUCAUUCCUCCUCACAUCAACUUCUCCCACCUGUCAGCCGAGGACUACACAGAGAUGUAUGGUGUCAUUAAGACGGUAAAGGAAGACAGUUUCGGUCAGUUGGGCCUGGAUGCCUGCAUGCUGGAGGACGAACUCAACAAGGCUGUUCAGGGCACUGGCCUGGCAUUCAUCGCCUUCACAGAGGCCAUGACACAUUUUCCUGCCAGUCCCUUCUGGUCUGUCAUGUUCUUCUUCAUGCUGAUCAACUUGGGUCUGGGAAGUAUGAUAGGCACCAUGACUGGCAUCACCACACCCAUACUGGAUGCUUUCAAGAUACGCAAAGAGAUCCUGUGUGUGGUUUGCUGUAUCAUAGCCUUCCUGUGUGGCCUGCUGUUUGUGCAGCGUUCAGGGAACUACUUUGUCACAAUGUUUGACGACUACUCAGCUGGUUUGCCUCUCACUGUGGUGGUGAUCCUGGAGAACAUCUCUGUAGCCUGGAUUUACGGAACUAAGAGGUUCAUGCAGGACCUGGAAGACAUGCUUGGUUUCAGGCCGUAUGCUUUCUAUUACUACAUGUGGAGGUAUGUGUCGCCAGCUGUCCUGGUGGUGCUCAUCAUCGCCACAGUCAUUGAGAUGGCCGUUAGUCCUGCAGGAUACAACGCCUGGGUGGAGUCUGAGGGUGCAGAGCGUUUCCAGAGCUACCCUCCUUGGGCUUUAGCCAUGGCCUAUGCCCUCAUCAUAGUGGCCAUGCUUCCAUUACCCAUUGUCUUCUUCGCCCGCCGCUUCAACCUGAUCUCAGAUGGCUCCAACAAGCUGUCUGUCUCCUACCGUAAAGGCAUGAUGAAGGACAUGUCUAAUCUCGAAGAGCAGGAUGAACAGCGCUUCAUCCUCAGCAAGAACCCCAGUGAGGCUCCUUCACCAAUGCCCGCCCACCGUGCUUACCUGGGCCCCGGCGGCACCCAGGAGAUGACCAACACCAACUAUGGCACCAGCACCAAGACGGGCUACCAGAACAUUGGCUCACCUGAGUCUGAGCUAUGAUCCAUUGAGUUCAUAGAUCUUCCCGUCCGUUAAACCCUACCCUGCUUGGAGAGAGGGAGACAGAGGAAGAAAAGGGACGAACAGAGGGUGUCAAGAGAUAAUGCAGUGCUGGUUGUUACAGCGUUCAUCACACCUUAACCCCCAGAGCCAACUUCCUCUAUCCCUCCUCUUCUGCUCCAUCGCUCCUUGCCUGUGGUUCUUUCCUUCUUCCCCAGUGCAGAAUCCAUGCUGCUAACUUCCUGUCAAUCCCUGCUGUAAUUGUGGGAUCACAGGAGUGUAAGUCCAACCAGAUAUGACCACAUUUUUCCAUCUGUCAACGCAUUACUGGGCCAGAGAGAGAUAGGGACAGAGACAGGAACAGGCUUAGAAAGGACCAGUGAGGGCUCAGAUACAGGAUUUGUUUUGUAAUAAGCUCUAGUCAAGGUUAAGGUGUGUUCAACACUAAAAUGCUUUACGUUGUACUGAAUUCACCAAUCUGAAGAAGGUUAUUUUUGAGACAGCCGGAUGUUCCCGAAUCUAGGAGAUCAUCAUCUUAUUGUGGUUCAGAUUUAGUAGAUUGUUUCAUGUGGGGAUAGGAUGGAAGGAGACUCCGGGUUAAAAAAUAACAAAAAAAAAAACAUACCCUGAUAAGUAUCAGGUAUGAGAGCAUUUCUCAUCCAGAAAACAAAAUGAUUAUAAAUACAUCCAUAACAGUAUGUAAUAAGUGAUUCUGAUAGUGUAAACAGUGUUACAAGCACAUGACAUCUUUAAGUUUAUUGUGCCUAUCAUGCAUCAGCAAUAAUAACCAGUCAAAGUAAGGUUAUCAUAACACUGUGAAUCUCCUUCUAUCCCUGCUUUCCCCACUGAUGUAGAAUACUGUACAUAUGUAUUGUGCAAUAGUUUGAGAUGUCACUGUUAACCGUGUAUUUACAUUUCACAUCUUCAUUUCUUCCCCACAAACGGUAAAGCACAGGCACCCGUUAUCAUUAGGGCAUCUCUGAGCCUUUACACAGAGCAGCACUUUUCAUUUGAAGAACCUUUCUCCUCGACAAAAAAGGCUCUGGAGUUGUUGCCAGUGGAGCUGCACACGUCAUCUCUGUGCUGUUCCAGACGCAGCUGGCCUAGACAAAGCUUUUCCAUUUCAAUCGGGUGUUUCCAUUUUAAUCAAUGCCUUAGAAGGGCAGAGGUGGCAUUGCACGGGCAGAGAUAAGCAGAGCAGCUCGUUUGUCUGUGUGCUAGAGAGGUAGACUUGAAGUGAAAUUGGGACUGUGUGCGUGCAUGCGCAGAUGUGCAUGUGUCAGUGUGCGAGCGUGUCAGUGUGUUGUCUGCUGCUGAAUGAGAGCUCCUGGUGACCCUGCCUCUUUAAAAAUAGCUGCGUUACCCAGGGGAAGCCGUGGCAACGAGCCAUAGAUACAGACCCUCUUCUGAUGUGGAGGAGGAAGAGGACAGCGGACACCUUGCUUUGUCUGCUCCACCUGCACGGCUGUUUGUUCAGCAAUACAGAAAUGUGACAUUUUACUGUCCUACAAAAAAUAUAUCUCUACUGUUGUUACAGUGUGUUGGUAAGAGGUUCACUGCCAUGUAGAUUUAUCAUGCUUAAUCUCUUAGAGGAGGAUGUUUGGGUUUAAUUGUACCUUCCUCAAAUUGACCACUACAGACAUCAUUUCAUAAGCACUACAAGCUACACUUUGAUGUCUUUUUGUGAUGUGAAAAAAAUAAAGCUUUUUUUUUUU